AUGUCGGACGACGAAGCGGACCCUGAGCUCCUUGAGCUCUUGCGCGCCCAUCUGCAGGGUAAGCUCCAAAUCGAGGAAGAGCCCGAGACGGGAGUCCUGCAAGGCGUCGAAUAUGUUUACGAUAAUGGCUUCGAUGUGGCUAUCGAUAUGCGGGCAACGAAAAACGCGGCGGAAACCAUCUACCGGCAGAUGCAGGAGAGAGAGUUCUCUACGGCUGCCUGGACAGACAACGAACUGCAUCCCAAGACCAAGGACGAGGCAACCGUCGCGUUCAUCUUCACAAUGGAUCUGCUAAACUUUUCUUUUUGGUCGGAGCUUCCUCAAGACGAAAGAUUCGCUAUAGAAUACAAGGGCAAGCAGUGGACCGGGUACUGGAGUUUGGUUGCAGCAAUGCAGCGGGCCCUGGACGAGGGUAUCCCCAUCACCGAUCCCAGCUACUGGAUUGAGGAUGGCAAAUUCACACUCGAGUCAUUGAAGCAUGUCUUCCGGUCAUGCACGGAAGAAGAAAUGCCCUUACUACAGGAGCGCUACGAUUGCCUGCGAGAAAGUGGCCAGGUCCUCUGUGAAAAAUAUGACGGGUCUGUAUUGAGCCUCCUCGACGAGGCUGGUGGCUCAGCAGCCAAGCUAGUGAAUCUGCUCGCUCAAGAUUUUGAUUGCUUCCGCGACGAGCAUCACUUCGAAGGACGCCAGAAGCCGGUCCGGAUCCUAAAGCGGGCGCAGAUUCUUGUCGCCGACAUGUGGGCUUGCUUCCAGGGAGAGUCAUACGGCAGCUUCCACGACAUUGACAAGAUCACCAUGUUUGCCGACUAUCGCAUCCCCCAAAUUCUCGUGGGCCUGGGCGCCCUGUAUCUAAGUCCCUCAGUUGCGAGCGCAAUCAAAUCCAGAAAAAUGAUAGAAAGCGGCAGCUCGUGGGAAGUGCAACUGCGAGCAUGCAGUAUAUGGUGCGUCGAGUUGAUUCGGCGAGAGAUUGUGAGGAAACAUCCCGACACACAUGUCAAUGCAAUCUUGAUCGACUUCUUCUUAUACGAUACAAUCAAAGAGCUGGAAGCUGCUGGGCAGGAGGAGUUUCCGCACCACCGGACUAGAAGCAUUUGGUACUAA